AAAAGUAUUUAAAAACGGCACAUAAAAAAGUAUUUAAAAACGGCACAUAAAAUUCCUACUUCUAAAACAAAUAAUACAGGCAGGUUCUUGAUUCCCAUUAAAAAAAUUAUGGGGCACAUUCUUAGCCCAAUUAUAUUUUCAUUUAUUUGCCUAACUCAUUUUCUCAAAUUUGCAAGUUCUCAGGACCUAAAUGUUUACAUCAAUGGCAGCUGUUCUAAUAGGAAAUUUGAGCAGGGAGGUGUAUACCAAACCAAUCUGUAUUACCUAUUAUCAAAUCUCACCUCGAAUUCGGACACACGAAAAUUCCACAAUUUCACCACAGGGGAACGCCCAAAUACAGUAUAUGGCCUAUACCUCUGCAACAGUGGUGCAGACAAUCAGCUGUGCCGAGACUGUAUUAAGGCUGCAUCAGAAGGAAUCCUGCAGACAUGUCCGUCGAGUGUAGAAGCCAUAGUUUGGUAUCCGUUGUGUAUGUUACGCUAUGCAAACCACUCCAUAUUCUCCAUUAAUGAUGUUAAUCCUUACUUUCCACUCAUAUUUGGUCCAACAAAGUACAGUCAGUUCAAUCAGCAACUGUCAAACGCGUUCAUUGGUCUAUUUAACGUUGCCUCGGCUGGGUGCUUAUCGCUAGCUUCAGCCUCAACAGUCAGUCAACUCCCUGGAAACAUGCUGUUAACUUCUUCAGUAGACUGCACACCAGAUCUUCGCCCAUCAGAUUGCCGCAGUUGUUUACAAACUGCACUUGGCAGGCUUCAUACACAGGGUCAGCAAUACGGAAUGAUUCUGCAGCCGAGUUGUCGAUUGACAUAUACCUUUACUGAAACAUCAAUUUUUCUACCUAAAGAACCAGAUAAAAAGCUGUAUGCUGGAUUGGGAGUCGUAUCAGGUUUCGCAGCCAUAUUCUUGAUCAUUAUUGUAUAUCUGAUCUGUUGUCUAAAGAGAAGAAAGGCCAGAAAAAGACCAUAUGGGCUCGAAGAGAUCGAAAGCAUGGAAAAUUUGCAAAUAGAUUUCGAAACCAUCAAAUCAGCAACAUACAACUUCUCCGAUUCCAACAAGCUUGGACAAGGUGGAUUUGGCAUUGUUUACAUGGGGACAUUGGCUGAUGGACAAGCAGUGGCGAUAAAGAGGCUUUCGAAUGCAUCAGGACAAGGAAUCCGAGAGUUUAAGACCGAGGCCUGCUUAGCUGCCAAGCUUCAACACAAAAAUCUUGUUAAACUAUUUGGAUUCUGCUUGGAAAGAGAUGAAAUGUUGCUGGUCUAUGAGUUUGUGCCUAACAAGAGCCUUGAUCGAUAUUUAUUCGAUGCUAAACGAGGAGCAUUGUUGAAAUGGGAAACUCGUUACAAGAUCAUAGUAGGAAUUGCACGAGGUCUACUAUACCUACAUGAAGACUCAUGUCCAAAAAUUAUUCACCGAGACCUUAAACCGAGUAACAUCUUGUUAGAUGGAGAGAUGAAUCCCAAAAUUGCUGAUUUCGGUAUGGCUAAGCUUUUUGGAGGAGAUCUAACUCAAGGAAAUUGUACUAGCAGAAUCGGAGGAACAUUUGGAUACAUGGCGCCAGAGUAUACAAGAACAGGGCACUUCUCAAGCAAAUCAGACAUUUUUAGUUAUGGUGUGAUACUGCUAGAGAUAAUCAGUGGAAAUCGUUGCUUGGACAUAAAUAAUGCACAAGGAGAGAACCUCUUAAGCUAUGCAUGGAGACUUUGGAAUGAAGGGGCACACUUGAACUUGGUAGAUUCAGCACUAGGUAAGAACGAUUUUUCGAAAGAUGAAGUUGAAAGAUGUAUACAAGUUGGACUAUUGUGCACUCAAGAGGAUCCAGAUAAACGACCAAACAUGGCAUCAGUGUUAAUCAUGCUUAACACCCAGUUAAAUAUUAGCAUGACUCUGCCUUUUCCACCUCCAAUUUUACCUUAUUACAAGCAAGAAAAAUCGGCAGAUUUACUUGGAAGCUCUGGAGUAAAUCCAAUGGAGGAUAUUAUGACCGAGUUGUCUCCUCGUUAAAGGAGUACCUUCAAAGGUAUUUUUUUUUGCUCAUAUUCGUGUAAUUAUUGGGUACAAGCACACGAGCAAAGAAUAACAUUUGUUGUAUCAUACACACGGUAUAACUAGUUGUACAUAAACAAAUACUGCUCUUGUUAAUGCCAAGAGAAAAAUUAUAUGCAAGACUUCCAGAAAGGACAAGCUGGGAUAGUGGGAUGUAUAGUCUUCCAGCCCCUAGAGGUUUGAAACAGCGAUGAUUGUGUAAAUGUGCGUGUAGUGUAUGUGUGUUGUUGGUAGCCAUUAAAACUUCUUGGUUCUGUAAUGUGGUGAACAUUUUUUCCAAUUAGUCUUUGAUAGAUGUUACCAGACUGAUAUUGAGGAAUGAGGAUAGAUAUCUUCCUGUAUCAAGACUACUCUUCCAUAUCUUAGCAACUAAUAACACCACCAAAAGUAUAAAACACAAGCUUUUAAAUAAUUCUUUGGCGGGUGCAUAUAAUUGUUACCCCUUCUUAUGCUAAAUGUUCUUCCCAUUUUGACUUGGUCCUUUUGAUUAAGUUGGUCCUUUAACACGUAAGAGUCUUGUGCUCUUUCAGUCAAUGACAAAGAGAAGCAUGCAUGUUACUUAAAUUCUUAAUUCCAAACGUUUGCCUUAAAAAAUUUGAAAAAAAAAAAGAGGAACAACUUAAGACUUUCUUGAUAACGUGCUUCUAGCUAGAUUUAUGCACAAAUUAACUUUGCUUACACUCAAUUAAGCAUGGUUUUUCACUGGCGGAUACAGUAAUUGCCUUAAAAAAUUUGAAAAAAAAAAAAAAAAAAAGGAACAACUUAAGACUUUCUUGAUAACGUGCUUCUAGCUAGAUUUAUGCACAAAUUAACUUUGCUUACACUCAAUUAAGCAUGGUUUUUCACUGGCGGAUACAGUAAUUUCAUGAUUAUCGCGACCUAAACCUGUGGAGAUUCAGUUGAAUCAUUUGAUUGCCCUUUGUUUUCUGCAAUGACACAAAUUCAAUUUUCACAUUAGCAAUGUCAAUGUGGCUAACAAUACACUUAAGCAUUAAUAAAUUUAAACAUAAGCGGGCUGUCGUAAGUAUAUAACAUUGCAUAAAUAAGCAUUUUUUGCUUUUGAACAUCAUAGCAUGAUAAAGGUGAAU